AUGUCUAUUGCUUCCUAUUUUCUUAUCCCUAUCCUCCUAGGUGGUCGCUCUAAAAAUUGGAAGAAUGCACCACCGGGACCUGUUGGUUGGCCCAUCCUCGGAAGCCUUCCGCAUCUCAGCCAUCGUCUCCACGAAGAUUUCUUUCACCUUGCCAAAAUAUAUGGCCCCCUUUUCUGUCUGAAGAUGGGCAUAAAGCCAGCCAUAGUGGUAUCCUCACCCGAAAUGGCAUCCGAAAUCCUCAAGGAAAAGGAAGGCAUGUUCUCUAGUCGGACCAUAACCGAAGCCAUUCGAGUCGUGUCUUACGAUGCUCAUUCCGUCAUUUUCUCGCCCUACGGACCCAGGUGGAAGGCUCUUCGAAGAAUCUUGAUCACUGAACUACUUUCUCCGAAGGCCUUCGAGCAAUUCGAGCCGUGGGCUUGGUCUGUAUGUGAAAAGAUGCUUGAUGGGGAGAGCUUGCUGGAUGGUGAGCGAGUGGGAAAGAUAAUAUCUUGGUUUUGUAGAGGGGGUAAGGCCGAGAAUGCUCACACUGUUUAUUUGUUUGCCAAGGAGAAAAACAAGCAGCUGCCUCGGUCUUCUGUUAAUUUCUUGAUUAGUUCACUCUGUAAGAAGGAUGAAACAGUGAAUUUAGCUUUGGAGAUGUUGGAUGGAUUCUCUGGAGAAGCAAGGAAAUAUGCAAUCAAGCCGUUUUCAUCUGUUGUUCGUGGUCUGUGUAGGAUGAAGAAUCUUGAUGAAGCAAAAGCGUUACUUUUGAAAAUGAUUGCAGAGGGCCCACCUCCUGGAAAUGCAGUAUUUAAUUCGGUUGUCGGUGGCUAUUCUAAGGCUGGAGAUAUGGACAAAGCGAAGGAGAUGAUAAAACUGAUGGAAGAUAGGGGGUUGAAGCCUGAUGUUUACACAUACACUGUUGUGAUGAGUGGUUAUGCAAAUGGUGGCCAGAUGGAUGAGGCUUGUGAAGUAUUAUCAGAAGCCAAGAAAAAGCAUAUGAAGCUGAGCCCUGUGACUUAUCACACUCUAAUUCGUGGAUAUUGCAAAAUUGAAGAGUUUGACAAGGCUUUGAAGCUGUUGGCUGAGAUGAAGGAUUUUGGGGUCCAACCUAAUGUGGAUGAAUACAAUAAAUUGAUCCAGUCCCUUUGCUUAAAGGCUUUAGAUUGGCAAACAGCUGAGAAGCUACUGGAUGAAAUGAAAGAGAAUGGGUUGUAUCUUAAUGGAAUCACGCAAGGUCUUAUAAAGGCAGUUAAGGAGCUGGAAGCAGAGGAAGUGGACAGCAGAGAAGCAGCAACCACUGAGGUCUAAAUCUUUGCUCAUUUUAGGAAAUGGAUGUAACAUUCAGAUGUUCAACUCUAAAUUUUGUAGCCUUCCCCUCUUUAACGUUAGAUGAUUUGUGAGGCCUGUGUCAAUUUCUUUGUUGUCAUCUUUAUACAUCUAUUCAUGUGAAUCAAUCGAGAAGAUGUUUUUGUUUUUUGGGGGAUGCCCAUUUUUGUGUUCUUUAUACUUGGCAUGUGGAAGGCAACCUUGUAGAAUUUGAAUUUCUUGUUUUUUCUUCCCUCCACAAGUGAGAAUAAGAAGGCAGUGCCCCAACAUGUGUCAAUCCA